UGGCCAGCCGAUCGAUCGAUCGCGCGUUCUCGCGUCCGGCCCGAUCACCGGCUCUCCUCGUCCUCGACGCCUCUCCGAUGAGCGAGGCCGUGCCGGCCGAGUUCGCCUCCGUCGACCGCUGUAUCAGCUGCACCGGCUGCACCAGCUGCACCCGAGGAGCCCUCUAGCACCUAUCUGGACACCCUGCGCCGAUGUUCUAACCCCACAUCGCGCGCCUCCCCUAGACCAGAGACCUACUGUAAUGAGAUAAUUUGCGGGCCGUCGUCGCCCGGGUUACCCUCUUCCUCGGGGGCCUUUCACUCGCCGCCGUCUCCUACAGUAGUCGCGCGAUCCACGCAUGGUGUCACCGAUGAGAAGCACCAGAGGAUGGUGGCUCCUCCUCGGCGGAUUCGCGUUAAUCUCUCUUGGAAACCCUCCAAUAGCUUCCGGUCAGAGCGAGUCGGCGGUCGAGGGCGAACUCCACCAGGACGAGGCCCGUCAGCACCAUUGUUGCGCCAGACGGGAGAAGAUGAUCGACGUCGGCUACGGGAUAUCCGGGGACGUGAUCCAGAUCGACGCAGGACAUUGUCGACGAAUAUGUCCGCUGUACGUCGAGGACGAUCCUGGGGAUCCCAGUCGACCCGCCGUCCAGAUUUGUCCUCCCGACUGGCACUGCAGGCCCAGCUCCGCCAGACUCGAAAGGGUCUCCACUCUUCAGGGUGUCACCGUCGUCGAGGCCGUCGAUACCUGCGAUUGCAUUCCUAGACAACCCUGCAGCCGAGAGUCGUACACCCACGUCGUGCACCCUGGUACCCCUCAUCAGGUCGACAUGGACGUAGGCCUCUGCAUGGGCCACUGCAACAAAGACCUGGGCUGCAAGCCUUUGAGGAACAGGACGAUUAGCAUCGUUGGACCCAACGGUGACGAGGUACACCAGGUCAUCGCCGAGUGCGGAUGCGGCGGCGAUUGUUACAGGAUGAACCACGUCGAGACCGUCCUGGACUUCAGCGAGGUGGAGAUCACUGAGGGAACCAACACGACGGACGUAAAGCCGGUCGUCAGGACCAUCGACGUGGGCCAAUGCAUCGGCGGGUGCCCUGGAAAGGAGACGGAAACUUGUUUGCUGAGAGACAAAAAGGAACCCUCGAGGUGUUUGGCUGGGCUUUACUCAAAACAGCAUUCCUGUAUGCCAGCCCGAUUUAAAAUCCACGAGUAUAGGUCUCGCAGGGGAUCGAAACGGGAGAUCAUCGCCAUUACGCAAUGUGCUUGCGUCUAGCUCGAGUCAUGUUUUACCGAUGAACAGUGCGAAUUAAUUAAGGGCCACCAGGUUUUCAUUAAGGCUACCGAUACGCAGUUGAACGUACUUUAUCGUUCCUAGACAUAUGAUAU